GCCGCCCUGGCCUAAGGGACCAAGUUUGAAGGCGGUUCGGAAGGAAAGAUAGGAACGAUGACGCAGCUGGAUCAGCAGUAGCAAAUUGGAUCUCGGAUAAGAUUCGGUUAAACUUUGCAGUAUUGCAUAAGAAGUUGUCGUUCGUUGUCGAUGAGGCGUUUGGCAUGUUGCCAUGUGCUGCGUUGGAACAUGAUCUGAGCACUGGGCGAUAAAACUAAGCAGAUUGUGGAAAGGUUUCCGUCUUCCGGUAUUCAGCCCUUGCGGUCUCAACGACAGACCAACGCAUAUCACCAAGGGCCAUGCCCAUUGCCGUGGUGGCCACUGUUCCCGUCAUUAAUCAAGAACAGCAGUGGCCAGCAGAAAGUUGUUUCCAUUCGUCGGUGGUAAAAGUGCGUCGUAAUCUUCGCCACAUGGCCAACGUUGACGUCAGAUCAGUCGUUAAGAGCACCGCCAGCACGAGCACCAGAAACGGUAUCAAUGACGACUUCGACGUGGACGGAUUCAAUGUCAGCAUCAGCAGUAGCAGCAGCAGCAGCAGCAACACCAGUGGCCGUAGCUAACUCAUCAAAGACUUUUAGUGGAGCGAUAGGACGACGAGUGAGAGGAGCUUCUAGCACCGAGAUAGCAUGGAUUUCCACAAAGCACCCCCUCCCAGGCCGCCGAGCCUGGUCGGUACGGCCCUCACCAAGUCCAAUGAUGUGUACGACUACAUAUUCAUCGACAGUGGCAGCAGCCCGGACUCGUACCUGUCCGGCGAGCUCGGCGGCUUCGUGAACGACAACAAUGCCAGCCUGCUGCUCAAUGGCACCGCGACGACGCUGGUCAACGGGACCGACUUCGGGAAUGGCACCGCGGGGCUGGGGGUGGACGAACCCCUCGCUGACGUCAUCGCGAUGGCGGUGACGUCGCUCAUCCUCGGACUGAUGAUACUAGUUACCGUUAUAGGAAACGUUUUUGUAAUUGCUGCCAUCAUAUUAGAACGUAACUUACAAAAUGUAGCAAAUUAUUUAGUAGCGUCACUCGCCGUGGCAGAUUUGUUUGUAGCGUGCUUAGUUAUGCCGUUGGGUGCUGUAUAUGAGAUAAGCCGAGGCUGGAUACUGGGGCCCGAAUUAUGUGAUAUUUGGACGUCCUGCGACGUCCUGUGCUGUACCGCUUCUAUCCUACAUCUGGUGGCUAUUGCCACAGAUAGGUACUGGGCGGUGACCAAUAUCGAUUACAUGCACUCCCGCACCAGCCGCCGGGUCUUUACGAUGAUCUUCCUGGUGUGGUUCGCCUCGGUUAUUGUGUCACUGGCACCGCAGUUCGGCUGGAAGGAUCCGGACUAUCUACAACGAAUCGAGCAGCAAAAGUGCAUGGUUUCGCAGGACAUCGCAUACCAGAUAUUUGCGACGUGUUGCACCUUCUAUGUUCCUCUUUUAGUCAUACUAGUGCUGUACUGGAAGAUAUAUCAGACGGCCCGGCGACGGAUACACCGGAGACGGCCGAAGCAACCGACGACGGGUAAUAACAAUCAGGAAGAAACACCGAAGCAAACCAAAUCGAAAAUAAGAUUUCGUCUGAAGAAAAAGUUCAGCAAUCCGGCCAAAUCGGCGGCGUCCCAGCUGGGGUUGGUGGAGGGCAAUUCGACCAACACGGUGAACACGGUGGAGGACACCGAGGGCAGUUCGAAUGCGGAGCGAAAGUUUGGGGGCGUGGAGACCGCUUUCAGCAGCGACGAGACGCCAACGGUUGCCAUGGUGGGGAACAGCCAAAUCCCGACCGUUUCCCAUGAGGUUGAGCAUCGGCAGCUUUCAGAUCCAGUGCCGACGGCGAUAGAAGCGAACAAUAAUAAUCACAACAAUAACAGCAGUAACGGCAAUUCCUCAUCGGCUGCCAACGCUCUUCCGCCAUCGGCGGGUCCCCAGAAUCAGCAUUCAUCGCAGAUAUCGUUACGUCCCACGAGCAAUAACACCCUGGUGCCCCCGAUUCAGCACUCUCCUACCAUGCUCAGUGGAACUCACACCCACACCGGCUCGACGCAGAAUAUUGCCAGCACCCCGAACCCGCACGCCCAGGUCUCCAAGCGCAAGGAAACUCUGGAAGCCAAACGGGAACGGAAAGCGGCCAAAACUCUUGCCAUCAUCACCGGUGCGUUCGUCGUGUGUUGGUUGCCAUUUUUUCUAACGGCCCUCCUGCUGCCACUAUGUGAGUCCUGUCACAUCAACGACACGGUAGAGUCGCUCUUCCUCUGGCUGGGCUACUUCAACUCGACGCUCAACCCCGUCAUCUACACCAUCUUCAGUCCCGAGUUCCGGCAGGCUUUCAAGAGGAUCCUGUUCGGGACGCACCGAAGCACCACUUACCGGCGCGGAAAGCUGUAAUACGAGGAGAAACCGUAGAGCCCAGCCCUCUCUCUCUCGUCAUUCCAUCGAAACCUUCGAGAACCGCAGCACCAAAUGCCACACAUACCGAACUCCAGCCAACAACAACAGAAGGAUGCACUUGUGCUCUCGAACGGAGCGCGAUUCGGCACACACCCACCCGAUGCCGGCAAUCAGGAUGCAGUCGAGGACCCCAAAAAAACCGCCCAGCCUAGCAAAUAAAAAAAAGGAACAAGGAAGUCAUCAAGUUCAAUCUGACGAGCCAACCGGCUACGCUUAGUAUCCAUCGAAUCGUACCAUCUUCCAAACUAAAGAGCACCAAUAAAGGAGGACCACACCGGGGCCACCUGUGGAGUGCCCGUUUCUUGGCAGCUGCUUCCGUAGGCAAAAAUUUCAUAACCACUUGCCCAUUCCGUCGCCGGCUCUCCGAUGCGAUGUGGAACAGCAGCUCACGGCCAUGGAUGGAUGCGGAAUUUCGGUAAUAACUUCACUGUCUGUCUGGUGGUGCCUCUCGUUGAUAUGCGUCCUCCGGUGGGAUCGGUGGGAUGGGAAAGGUAGCGCUCGGUACGAUGCCAGAAUGGUGCUUAGGGUGUGACUAGUUCAAUGGUUAUGUACUUAUGUUCCUUGCGUGGCUCAACAUUUCGAUUGGAAUGUAAUUUAUUUUUCAUUUGAUAGGUAAUUCAUCAGAAAGGAAAAUUAGUUUUAUUUGAAAAGUAUUCAAUAACAUCUUCAAGUAUAAAGUUGGCGGACUGGUCGCUUCGGACACGAAUAAUCAUUUUGACAUUGGUUUACACAAUUAUUAUUUCUUGUUUGUUG